UCCAUCACUGAGAAGUCCAGAUGGGGUUGUCCCUGACAGCCAGAAAGUGAGGGAUAUAUUAAGCACAGUAAAAACCUCUCCCAUAUCACAUCUUGUUGGGAGUUUUUGGUGCCAUAAAAUUAUUUCGAGUGGGAGUAUGGAAGCUGUGCUUGAGAUGAAACAUUUGUAGUCGGUGAAAAACGAAUUCCAGAAAGAGGAAGUUAGUGUUUGCGUCCCGACACUGGGUGAAACUCGCUUAAAUCGAGACUACCUACCAAUGCACUGGUUCUCAACGUGGGCGACAGCGCGCUGAUAAAUGGAGAUGUUGGAUGGGAGCCGACGGCUGAUCCGCCACGAAUGGGAAAGCAGCGGCUGCAUGGAGGACGACGGCUGCGGAAAGGACGCAGGGUUACACCGACAGCACACCAUGAUUCAGUUUCUCCGCGAGAAAGUGACUGGACUUCGGCGACUGGCCCUGUUUUUAGCCGUGGCGCUCCUUCUACUGUUCACAGUAGCUCUGGCUUUGCUGAUCGUGGUUGUGCACGGAGGGCCGGAGAGACAGCCUAUCAGCGACUCACAAGACAUUAGUGCCAGACAGCACCAACAUGAAGACUUCAAGAAUCCAAGCGCCAUGCUAACAGCUCCUACAGGCAACAUCACCAAUGGGGAGUAUCUUGAAUGGGAAACUAUGACUGGAAAUACCUUCUGUCAUGGAGGUUUCAACUACUCCAAUGGGGUUCUAGUGGUGCCCAGAAACGGCAUCUACAGAGUCUUCCUGCAGAUCACCUAUCAAAGAAAAGGAGACCCCUGGUGUGAUCACUCAGAUGAGAUGACACUCCGCAACACGGUGUUUGUGUACCGGGAAACUUACACAAAGUACAUGCCUCUCCUGUCAUCAGUGGACACAGUGAGUUGCAGCAUGACAAAGUGGACUAAAUCCCUCUAUGCAGCUGGCUUGUUUUCGCUGGAGGCUAACUGCAGACUCACAGUGACAUCAUCACACCCUCAACUUAUUGUUCAGAAAGAAUCUGAGAUGUUCUUCGGCGCUGAACUUCUGCCUCAGUUAUCUGGUCAGGCAGCUGUAAUCACCUAAAUCUGAUUUUGAGGUUGUUUGUACCUUCAGCUCCAUGUGAACUUGGGGGAGAUGCCAGUAUAGUUUUAUAGUUUCCUUUUACUACUGCUCAUGAAAUUCCUAAACUCAGUGAUGAGUUUGCAGCAGCCAGCAGCUUCUAGUAUCUGCUUGACUGUCAGGUUUGCUUUAUCAAAUUGAAGUUAUAAGCUGAGUUGUCUUUAAAUCAUUAAUAACAGCUCACAGAGACGCACCGGUGCUUUGUGAUGAUUAAACUUAUAUAAGGGCAUGAAUAUUUUUCUUAAAACAUCACUAACAUUUGUAAGUCCACAGCCUUUUGGCAGAAAAUGGACUGUCAGCUGUAUUAAACAUGAUAACUUCUUUUGUAUGUUGGGAAUAAAAGUAAGCAUUUUGUUAUUAUCUUAUAUAAAAUCGACAAUGAAAAAAGCACUUUAUCGAUUAGGAAAGAAAUAAUUCCAACUUUUCAUAGAUGAGGAUUUUUCUCUCUUUCUUCUUUUACAUCAUUGUCAAUUGAAUAUCUUUGUAAUUUGCACUGUUGGUCAGACAAAGGAAGCAAUCUUAGGACACCACCCUGGGCUCUGAAAAUUGUGAUGGGCUUUUUUUUUAGUAUUAGAGUAUUUAAAAAAAAAACUAAAAAAAACAAAGAAACAGACAAUGUUUAUUCCCUUGGGAGUAGGCCCAGAGAUGUCAUGGCAAUCUGCUAUAAAUAUGAAUUAGAUGUUCAUAUUUUGUGGUUACAAGUAAACAGUGGUAUCACUCUAGAUUUAAGUUCAGAGGCUCAUCAAAAGCAAAAGGAUUCAUUCUAUGCAAAACAGAAUUCCCAAUGUUAGUGUUCGAGACAAUCUAUAUCAAUCAUUAGCUAGCUCAUUCAUCAGAUAUAACUUGCUAGUUAACGAUGAAUGUAGAUUAGCCAACUAACCACCUAAAUAGCCAGCGAACAACUGAUGUAGAUUAGCUAUCUAGUUAGCCAGUAUUUUGCUAACAUUAGCUGUCUUAACAUGUGACAUAUAUAGCUUUUGUUUUUUAACCAUUUUAAACACAUGGUUAUCCUUUCAACAUAGACGAGCUAAGUACAGGAAAAGGAAAGGAGGAUGUUGAUCGAGGUUCUGACUGAGGCUUGCUCAGCUGUUAUUAGAGCGCAAAGCAAUAAGGGGCGGGAAGGGUCAAUUAGAAAUUUAAGAAGUUUCAUCUUUUGCCCCUGCUGGAAAAAGUGACCCCUGCCUUUAUGUAGUCUUUUUUCACAGUUUGAACCAGGUCACAUUUUUUGAUAGUUGUUACUGAAAAUGGUUAACGGUAGGUCAGUCUGCUAAACACCCUGUGAAAGAUUAAAAAGAAGAUUAAAAAUGAGUCAAUAAUAUUUUAGCUAAGAGUUAUUAAUUGGAAACAUGUACACCACAUUAGUUGGCGUGAAGAAUAUUCAUUAAACAUAGGAGAUAAGACAGAAUGACAGUUAAAGAGCAAAAUCCAAGGGCAGAGUGACUCGAGAAGAAUGGGCAGAAAGACGAUCAGAUAUGGUGACAUAAAAAUCUGUGAAUGAAAGGAAUUUUGACAGCACUUUGUAAUACUAGUAUUAAGUAAAUUAUUAGGAGAAGUCGAGUGAUUGGUCAUUUUUUACUAUCCAAUGAGCUGAAUGUGAUCAGUGCUGUAGGACAACAUUGGUGAUGCUGUAUGCAGCAUUACGCUAACUUGAAUAAAUAAUCAUAGUGUGUAACCCCUGUGAGGCAAUACCAUACAAGGCUGAGUCACUGUGUUAUUGUUUGUACUUGCGUUAUAAUGCGUUGCUAUAGCCAACUCAGUGGGUUUGAUAAGGUUUGAGUGUAGUAAACAGUGCAGACUUACCGGAAAACUAUCACACAUAAACCCAGCCCACGCCCACACAAUCUGCUGCCAUGAUAACAUUUUUGUGGUAUGUCAAACGUGUUUGUCCAGUAAUAAGAAUGUGCCUUGAAGUAAAUGUUGCAAUUCAUGUUCUGUUCAAUAUGAUAUAUUUUCUUUUUAAAAUAUGAUAUAAUGAUAUUUAACAGCAGUAUGUCCAUGUGAGCAGUGUGCAGAGGGGCCAACAGUGUCAAAUAGGGUGACCAGAAAAGGAAAUUUGUAACUCAACUCACCUGUUGUAAAACUUAUCUAUAAUACAGAAUGUGCUGGAAAUGUAAAAUAGAUGAAGUACAUGCAAUACGGUGAACACCACAGAUUAUGGUGAUCAGCUCUGUCUAAUAGGUGACGCAUGACGAAUGACACAACUCUGUGUAGAUCUGGUAAACAAAUUACAAAGGUAUCAUUGUACCACUGCUUUUCUUCUUAGCAUGGGGGUCACUGUAAGCUGAUAAACAUAUAUUGAAAGGGUUUUUUCUUUGGUGUUGUUGCUGUUUUCUGUUGUAGAAGUAUGCUUACUUGCCUAUUUAACAAGGUUGAGGAUGUGUUUUGUUAUUUUUUUUUAUUAUUUAAGUAAUUGCUUUCUGGCCACUCUGUACCAAGUUGGUGCUAGGCAAAAAAUGUCCAUAUUUUUAUGUAUGUGUUUCUUAAUGGAAAGUUUUUAUAAAAAACUAAU